CUUCUAAUGCUAGCUAGACCGCCUGUCCCCUGACCGCCUGAGAAUGCGUAGAGCUCAUGUUGUCUGUGCACUCUUUCUCUUUCUCUAGACUCACUCUCUGUUCAGCAGCGCCAAAUCAAUCGAGGAUAUAUAAAGACUUCCAGUCUCGAGUGUUUCUUACGCCUCCUGUAGUUUAAGCUCUACAUUCUUCUCGUCUCCUCGAUAGAGAGCUCUAGUUAGAUCAGAUCAGAAGCAAAACAAGGGAAAGAGAGAGAAAGAAAGGAAAUGUACAAGUCUUCAGGGAAGAAGAGCAAGGGGUCGCCGAAGAGUUACUUCUCAGACGUAAGUUACAGCGACGAAGAACUGGAAGAGUAUGAUUCAUCCAGCCUCCAGUCACCGGAUUACUACUCCACUGGUAACAACAAGGGGAGUUACUACUCGUCCCAUCAGCCCGGCCACGCCCAAAACCACAGCCGCCAUGGUAAAUCCGGCAAGAAUUACUACUCCCCGGCCGCCGUCGCUGUUGCUGCUGCUGCUGCUGCAAACAACGGCAAGUCUGUCUACUACUCCACUCCCAAAUCUUCGGACUAUUAUCGCAACACCAACAACUUAUACUCCCUCCAUGGGAAGCACAACAAGGGCGGUAAGGUGGAGCCAGCCUACAAAAUGAACAAGUAUCAGACCAUUGUUCUCAAGGUUCAGAUCCACUGUGAUGCUUGCAUACGAAAGGUGAAGAAGGCCAUUGCAGACAUUGACGGUGUUGACUCCAUCUCCGUUGACCAAAAGCAAAAGAAGGUGUCCGUGACGGGCUACAUCGACCCCAAGAAGGUGCUCAAGAAGGUCUCCAAGACGGGCAAGAGCGUGGAGCUUGUGGGAUCCAAAGAUUCGUCCGGAAUCAGCCACAUGGGCGGCGGCAACAGCAACAACAGCAAGCCGGCCCUGAUCAUCGCGGAUCAUCACGUCGCCACGACCAAGCCGUACACCAUCCAGGUCGACAAGAGGUCGCAGCAAAACACCGCUCAUAUGGCUCCGUACAUCCAUCGCGUGACACCCCAAGUUCGCAGCGACAUGGACUACAUGUUUAGCGACGACAAUGCAAACAGCUGCUCUAUCAUGUAAGCUCUUUGGCUCAUUUCUUCUUUUUUUUACCUCUUGAUGAUCUCCUUGAGAGAUUAGCAUUAGAUUCGUUUGAUUAUGUUUCUUUCCAUUGUACGAUAACAUCAUCACGGUUUUCGUUUGAAA